CAGUCUCUCGCACAGCACCCACUAGCUAGCUGUGGUCGAAGAAUUGCAUCAUUGCAUCAUUGCAUCAUUCUUCAUCGUUGGGCAUAAGGACCCUGGAGAAAAUGGCGGCGGUGGCAGCAGGAGUGAACCAGGGGAUGGAAGAAGGGCAGGGGCAGGAGAGGGAGUGUCGCGAGGCAGACAGGGACGCGUGGAAGAAGUACCGGGACGGUGGACGCACAGACCACGCGAGCGCGCUCCGGCUCGUGAACAGCAAGCACACGCCUAAGCAGCACAAAGGCUUUCAUAAAGCCCAUCGGGACCGUCACGAACGGCACAAUGAGACCCAGAGGAUGAGGUACGAGGCGGAGUGGGACUUCUUUAACAUCCGCGACCAGCCGGUGCGUGACCUGAUGAGGCGGGUCACCGAGCAUCAGUACAGGGACGAGGGCGCAGACGUGCCGCCGCCCAUCGACCUGACGGGGAAGAGCGCGCGUCACGUGAUCGCGGCGGCCAGGCUGCAGCAGGAGACGUGGCUCACGCUCGUCAGGAACAUCACGGACGUCCACAGAAGCAUCCCGGUCGCUCAUACAAAGUCAUUCAAAAUGCAAACAAUUGGAAAGAAGGAGGAGAAGUUCAUCCACUUUGGCCCAAGAGAGACCUACGAGGCCAAGUUUGAGGGAAGAGCGUACGAAGUAGAGAGCGAGCACCGCACGGAGGGUGUCGACGAAAAAGAAGUGCCAGCCGAUUCCAUACCUCAGCUCGGAAUGUCAUUCGUGAUCGGGCUUAACUAUUACAACAACGACAUCCUGCCUGAUCUCAAAGGCAUAAUGUGCGCCCUCGGGGGAGCCCACCCGGGACCGGGGCAGAGGCGCCUGGCCGACCUGUUCGCCCAGUUCGCGAAGAGCCACUCGCUCGCGGGGGCGCCAGAGCUGAGUGACGAGCAAAGAGACAAGCUCUUCAAGAUAUGCUUCCUCAUCAUGGAGAAGGAGCAGGCGCAGUGGCAGUCGAGCUUCUUCAGUAGAUUCGUUUGGCAACUGGGGAUGAGCGUGUCCUUCGCGCGGCUGAUCAUCCUCUUUAGGGAGGGUAAGAUUACUCUCCACGAUGUGUUCAACAGGUACGGCAUCUACGGUAAUCAUCCUAAAAUAAAGGGCAAGAGAAACACAAUGUUGGAAUCUAACGACUGCGUGCGCGCCAGGUGCGACGCUAUUGACCAAAAGUACGCGUGGCAUAUGAGGAGGCCGCUAACCAAAGAGGAUGCGGAGGCUGACCUGCGUGAAGUAUAUGGGGACGAAGAGGGGGUGUAGGUGAAGUCCAGCAUCUUGGACAGCUUCAUAUUCACUACCCAAUAGACUGAAAUUUUGCAUUCACUUGUCACCCGGUGGAGAACCAAUAAAGCCUCUCGCCAAUUCACUGUUUUGGACAGCC